AUGGCUGACGAAAAGGAAAAGAAGGAGCCCGUCGACAACCGUCCGGAGUUUUUUUGGAACUACCUAACCAAGACAAUGCGUCUUAAGCUGGAUAAGUGGACUAAAAUGAUAACAACCAACGAGUUUAGGGAUGUUAUUAUAGAGUUCUUGAAUAAUCCCAACAAGAAACGUAUAAUAUUCACAAUCAAUUCCGGUGGACAACUAUAUCCAUCCUACAGCUUUCCAGUCAGACCACGGUAUAAAGUUGCUUACUUUAUUCGGUACUUAACACCACUUCAUUUAACAGAUGAAAAUAUGCUCAAUUCGCUUCUUAUUGGUGAUCUAUUACCGAACCCAUUAGCAAAUUUAUCAAUACUUUGCGAUGAAGUAUUUUUUCCACUGCUAAAUAACACAGUAAAUCAAGUGGGAUGGACCAAUGUUAUCGCAAACGAUAUGAAGACAGAGUCUCAAGAAAUGCGAAAUGGAAUUGCCCAGAUGAAAGGUCUCGUUAUAAACCGUACAAUAUUUCCUCUUCCUAUUUGCAUGGACGAAGUCAUGCAAGCCGCUCCAGCUAUUGCCAUGGGGGAUAUUUCCGUGGUUAACCCUCUUAUGAAGCAUUCGCUCGAGUUUAUGGUUGUAAAGUGGCUUGAUUCCGUUGAAGACCUCGUAAAUAUAAAAGCUGGAGAAAAAAUAUAUUCGAAAGAAAAUUUUCCACUACCAGAGGCAAUAUUUUCCUUUUGGGAGUCACGUUUGGAAAACCUUGAGAACUUGGCUGAGCAACUAGGAGAUAGGCGUAUAAAGACUAUCGGCUUUGUUCUCGAAAAAAUUCAAUCAAUUUUCGAGCAUUCUUAUCGCAGAAUUGUUGAAUUAGUACUUGAAUCUUUAGCAGAGGCUAGAGACAUAACUAAGUGCUUAUCCCCAUUGAAAAGAAAAAUGGACAAGUUUGAAACAAACGAUAUGGACGAGAACCGAUCAGAUAUACGACCACUUAUGCUGACAAUUGGAUUAGUGUGGGGUCACUCGCGGUAUUUUCACACUUUAAAUAAUAUGACACUUUUUUUUAACUUGUUCCAUAACUCUCUUAUCGACUGUGUCAACAGAACAGUAGAACCAGACUCCAUAUUCCAAGGUGAUGUCGACGAAGCCUAUAAAAAAUUGGACAUAAAUAUGCAGCACCUAGAGUAUUACAAAUUAAUAUAUAAUGAAUGCAGAAACUCUCUUAAGAAAUUUAAGAUAGGUACAACAUUUAACUCGCAGGACUGGACCUGGCAUCAGGAUGAAAUAUUCGGACGAUUAGAUAAAUUUUUGGUCCGAUUGGAAGAGCUAAAAGAUCUAUUUAAUACUGUCCGAGACUUUCAAAAAUUGGAAAAAAUUGUUAUGGGGGGGCUUAAGGGCAGGCAGAUAACUUUCGCCCUUGAGAAAAUUCUUGAAGAGUACAACAGCAUAUACCGUGAGUGGACAAAUAUUCAGUACAACCCUAUUGACCCGGACGCAGAAAAUUCUCUGUUCCAAAGAGAUCGUUUAAGCUUCAAGGCCAAGACUGAUGUAAUGGAGCGCAUGGUAUCGUUUCAGUUUGAAAAAGGUCUUGAAGACACACAUGAUUUGCUUCUGGCAGGCUCCUUACUUCUUCGCCCUAUUAUCAAAAAACAUGUCGAACCCUUGAUGCAUGUCAUUGUGGAUGAUUUUGAGGAAGAGAUCAUGUGCGUUAAAAAAGAAUUUAUCAACUUCAAAAACGUUUUUACGGCGCUCGGAUUAAAUGAGCUGCCCACGGAUGAUUGCUUUCCAAAGGUUUCCGGCGCCAUUUCGUUUCUGAAAAAGCUUAGACAUCGUAUCAUUGGCUUGCACAAGGAGCACGAACUUUACGAAUAUCCACUUUUUGACAACGAACGCGGAGGAUACGUUUCUGAUAUUUUUAACAUUAUGGUGCAGGAAAUUGAUGAUUUCACGAAGAUGUUAUUAGACAAAUGGACUGUUGAGUGCUGGCAGGGAAUCCAGCAAGAUAUCACUUUAACUCUCAUUGAAAAAGAUGAAGCAAAUGAACUAAGGGUUAACUUUACUGAGAGACUUAUAUUUGCUCUAAAAGAUAUUAAAGUCGUCCGCCUUCUUGGUUGUGAUGUUUCAGUUAACUUGACCAAAUUCUUUUGUAGGGAAGACGAGCUAUGGCAAGCUCGUGUUAAGCUCAUGAGGAUUGCAGAGUGGUAUAAUGACACAUUCGAGCGUGCACACCCUACCGAAAAAAGGUUAAUUGCAGCGGAAAUGAUUUUGAUCGAGGAACAAAUGAAGCCUUUACUAGAUUUCAUUAAGUGGAACGCUUUUAGCCAACGGUUUAUUGUUAUGAUUUUCAAAAUGGUGAAAUACUUACAUGAUCGCUUAGUAGCUGCUCAAGAAAAUCUAGAAGCCAUUAAGGAGAGCAUUCGAUCUUGGGGAAAAGUUCCCCUUUUCCAACGCAAGGACUUGAAUCCAGCACUUCUUCUUCACACUGAUCCGCGUGAACCUAUUUUGAGCAUAAGAGCUGCAAACGCAGCAGACACACAGCGUCUUAUUGAUCUUCUAAUGUACGUAAAUUUAAAGCUAUUUUUUGAUAUUCCUCGUCGGUAUAGCUUACCUCCUGGUGAACAUGGGGAGGAGGAUGAAGAAAGCGAUGGGAUUUGGCCCCCAAUUAUAAGCCUGUCUGUGAUGACAAGUGUCAAAUUUAAGAAAAAGAGAGAGGUCAUUGAUGAAGAAGAUGAUUUAGAAGAGUUUGAGGAGGAACAAUCGGAAAGUGAAGAGGAGAUCAUAACACCAUUUCAUAGGUAUGAGCUUCUCAAAGGAUUAAGCCAGGAAGAGCGCGCACUUUUCCGCGAGUAUGAAAUUUAUGUUGACGAAAUAAUUGCCGAAAAUCUUGUGGAUUCUGUUAUAACCAGCAGCACCUACCUACGAAUGGAGGUGGACAAUCGGUAUGAGAACAAUACGCCGAUCUUUGAAAUAUUCAUGGAACUGCAAGAGCCAAACGUAGUUUACUUUCGAAAUCUUGACACAUCUUCUAAGACCGGAUUUGCAUUCUUUAUUGAGACUAUAUUGGACGACAUGAACAAUAUGAUGAGUCUUUUAAAACGAGUAGCACAGGAUCCCACAGAAGUCACCAACAUGAAUCCUUACAGCUUCUAUGAUGAGCUGCAGGACAAAUCUGAGCUAGAUAAGCAGCGCGUUGAAAUUAUGAACAAAAUAAAGCUCGCCCUUCAGGCGGUGCGUGUCCAUGGCAAAGGAUUUAUGGAAUUUUCUAGUUUGUGGAUUUGGGACAAAUCAACGUAUUUAUCUGAAGUAAAAAAAUUUGGUCGUAAUUUAACCCUAGACGAACGUGACGCAGAGGCUGACCUGGAAGGUAGCUCAGGGGUUAAGCUUUUAGGAUUGGAAUAUCCCCCACUUUCUGUCUAUAAGGAACAGUUGGAUAAGUUCAUUGAGUUACAAGAUCAAAUACGAACCUGGGAAACCUAUGAAGAUUUUUUUGUGUUUUUGCGCUUGAAUAUGACUGGCUUUAAGGUAGCCGUCCUAAGUCAAGUUGGACAAUGGAUUAGCCUUUUUAAAUUGGAUUUAAUUAACCGUGUUAAGAAUUCCCUGAAGGAACUUCAAGACUUUGUGGAUGAGGCCAAUAUAGUUCUCAAGAUAGAAUUGCAAAAGGACGAUUUUGAGGGGUUAGUCAAAAUUUUAUCCGUUUUAAAUCAAAUUAACGAAAAACAAUGUAUUUAUGACUCAAUGUUUGAUCCACUUAAGGAAAUUAUUGACUUACUUCGGCAAUACAAUUACGAGUUCAAAGACACUGAGUUAGCGCAGAUUAAUGAGCUGCCAGAUGCCUGGAUGAAAGUAAAGCGACUUGCAGCUACAACAAAACAACUAAUUGCACCCAUACAAAGCUAUCAAGUAGAUUUAAUUGAAAAACGAAUUCUGCUUUGCGACAACAUGGCCAAUACAUAUAGAAAAAAGUUUCUGUCGAAAAAAUUCUUCUUUGUACCGUGCUUAAGCUGCUACGAACUUAUCGACGAGUCAGACUUGGAAUUAGUGGCGCUUGAAGAACGUCAAAGGAGCUUAGCCGAGUCCGCCGUCCUGUUUGAAUUACAAGGUCCAGAUCCUGUGAAAAUCGAACUUUGCAGGUUUGACCUUAAGCUCGUUAAAAUAAUGUGGGAUUUUGCAAUAACAAUACAGUCCACAAUUAAUGACUGGAAAAAGACUCCUUGGAAGAAAAUAGACAUUGAAAACAUGGACCAAGAGUGUAAAAAGUUUGGUCGCGAACUAAGGGGCCUUGAUAAAGCUAUGCGAACUUGGGAACCAUUUAUUUUUAUGGAGGCUUCCCUCAAGAACCUUAUGACAUCAUUGCGAGCCGUCACUGAGCUACAAAAUCCUGCGAUACGUGACCGUCACUGGAUAGAACUUAUGCAGACCACGAAAGUAAAGUUUAGUAUGGACGACUCUACGACUUUGAAAGACUUGAUUGAUCUUAAUUUACACGAAUAUGAGGAAGAAGUAAAAAAUAUUGUCGAUAAAUCGGUAAAAGAGAUGGCUAUGGAAAAACAGCUCCGAGAUAUAGCAACUGCUUGGGGCACAAUGGAGUUUGGUACAGAUAUUCAUGACCGCACUAGUAUUAAACUUUUAAAGGCAUCUGAGGAGUUAAUCGAGACUUUAGAGGAUCAUCAAGGUCAGUUACAAAAUAUGGCAUCUUCAAAGUAUAUUGCAUUCUUCGAACACGAAGUUCGACUAUGGCAAAAUAGACUUUCCAAUGCAGACCAGAUUAUAGGUUCGUGGUUUGAAGUGCAACGUAAGUGGCAAUACUUGGAGAGUAUUUUCAUUGGCUCAGAAGAUAUUCGAUCACAGCUACCAGAAGACUCGAGACGUUUUGAUUACAUUGAUAAAGAGUUUAAGGCGCUACUUGCUCAGAUGAACGCGGACCGCAAUGUAGUGAGGUCAACAAACCGAUCUGGCAGUAAACUCUAUGAACACUUGGAAAUACUACUUAAAAUGCUAUUACUAUGUGAAAAAGCUUUAAAUGAUUAUUUGGAAACAAAGCGCUUAUCAUAUCCUCGAUUCUAUUUUGUUUCAUCAGCUGAUCUUCUUGAUAUAUUGUCGAACGGAAACAAUCCUGCUCUUGUUGCACGGCACCUUACCAAACUUUACGACUCGAUGGGAAAAUUAAAUCUCAUUUCCGGAUCUAAAAAUGCAGCCGGUAUGGUUGCUAAAGAGCUGGAGGAAUAUGUACCCUUCCUCGAAAAUUGCGAUUGCAGUGGGAAGGUUGAGGUGUGGCUCAAUAGAAUAACUGAUAAGAUGCGUGAUACCCUAAGGGAUCAGCUAAAGCGCUCCUUAACAUUUUAUGACCAUAAGCCCCGACAUGUGUGGAUAUUCGAGUGGCCUGCGCAGCCAGCUCUUGUCGGCACCCAAAUCAUGUGGACUACUGAAACAAACGAUGCUUUUGCUAAGGUUCAACAGCGCUAUGAAAAUGCAUUGAAGGACUAUAAUAAAAAACAAAUUACCCAGCUAAACAACUUAAUAAUUUUACUUUUAGGUGACCUAACAGCUGCCGAGCGACAGAAAAUAAUGACUAUAUGUACAAUAGAUGUGCACAGUCGUGAUGUUGUUGGAACUAUUAUAGCGAAAAAGGUUGAAGUGCAAACAGCCUUCCAGUGGCAAAGCCAAUUAAGACAUCGGUGGGAUCCGAAGAUAGAUGAUUGUUUCGCUAACAUUUGUGAUGCUCAGUUCCGUUACGACUACGAAUAUCUUGGAAAUACACCCCGUCUUGUAAUCACGCCACUCACAGAUCGUUGCUAUAUAACUUUAACGCAGUCACUGCACCUGGUAAUGGGAGGGGCUCCAGCGGGACCCGCUGGAACAGGAAAAACGGAAACCACUAAAGAUCUUGGGCGAGCUUUGGGUAUGAUGGUUUACGUGUUUAACUGCUCAGAACAAAUGGAUUACAAGUCCAUUGGAGAUAUCCACAAGGGGUUGGCUCAAACAGGUGCUUGGGGCUGCUUUGACGAGUUUAACCGUAUUUCAGUAGAGGUAUUAUCUGUUGUUGCUGUUCAGGUUAAGUGUAUUCAGGAUGCCAUAAAGAGCAAAAAGCAAACCUUCAGUUUUUUAGGAGAGCAUAUUGCUUUGCGCACAACCGUUGGAGUUUUUAUAACUAUGAAUCCAGGAUAUGCAGGGCGAGCGGAGUUGCCUGAAAACCUUAAAGCCUUAUACCGACCUUGUGCAAUGGUUGUUCCCGACUUUGCCUUAAUUAGCGAAAUCAUGUUGGUGGCCGAAGGAUUUCAAGAAGCCCGUUUGCUGGCUCGAAAAUUUAUAACACUAUACACCCUAUGCAAGGAGUUAUUAUCAAAGCAAGAUCAUUAUGACUGGGGUCUACGAGCAAUCAAAUCGGUUCUUGUCGUUGCCGGAGCUCUUAGGCGCGACGAUAGACAGCGGCCUGAGGAUCAAGUCCUAAUGCGAGCUUUGCGUGACUUUAAUAUUCCGAAAAUUGUUACCGAUGAUGUACCAGUGUUCAUGGGCCUAAUUGGAGACCUGUUUCCUGCACUCGAUGUACCGCGGAAACGUAACCCGGAAUUCGAAGCAGUUAUAAAACGGUCCGCUCUAGACCUAAAACUGCAGCCAGAGGACGGAUUUAUUUUAAAAAUUGUUCAACUUGAAGAACUUUUUGCCGUACGACAUUCUGUGUUUAUAAUCGGAUUCGCGGGAACAGGAAAAUCAGAAGUGUGGAAGACACUUAACAAGACAUACCAAAACCAGAAAAGAAAACCGCAUUAUAACGACCUUAACCCAAAAGCUGUUACUAAUGAUGAGCUCUUUGGUAUCGUCAAUCCAUCAACGCGUGAAUGGAAGGAUGGCCUUUUUUCUAUUCUAAUGAGAGACCAGGCAAACCUAGGUGGAACAGGCCCCAAAUGGAUUGUUCUUGACGGCGACAUUGAUCCUAUGUGGAUUGAGAGCCUAAAUACGGUGAUGGAUGAUAAUAAAGUUCUUACUCUGGCAAGCAACGAGCGCAUUGCUCUCACUAAGGAAAUGCGCUUGCUUUUUGAAAUCGCAUCUUUGCGCACGGCUACACCAGCUACUGUAUCAAGGGCAGGCAUCCUAUACAUAAAUCCACAGGAUCUGGGAUGGACCCCGUUCAUUCAGUCAUGGCUUGGAACGCGUACAAAUUCUAGCGAAGUUUCAAUGCUCAACGUUCUCUUUGAUAAGUAUGUGCCGCCUCUUUUAGACAUAUUUCGAACCCGGCUUAGGUCGAUAACACCCAUAUCGGAUAUAGCACGUCUGCAAAUGACUUGCUACUUGCUAGAUAGCAUGUUAACUCCUCAGAACGUACCGAAUGACUGCCCAAAAGACUGGUAUGAGAUUUACUUUGUAUUCUGCAUCGUAUGGGGCUUCGGCUCAUCGUUAUUUCAGGAUCAAAUUAUAGACUGGAGUAAUGAAUUCAGCAAAUGGUUCCUAAACGAAUAUAAAGCUGUAAAGUUCCCUCUAUCGGGAACAAUUUUCUCAUUUUACAUAGACCAUGAGACAAAGAAAUUUUUCCCAUGGACAAAUCUUGUACCACAAUUUGAGUUGGAUAUGGAUUUACCUUUACAGUCAAAUUUGGUGAACACGGCUGAGACCACUCGUUUGCGAUUUUUUAUGGAUACUCUUAUAGAAGCCGAUCAUCCACUAAUGUUGAUCGGACCCUCAGGAUCGGGAAAGACCAUCCUUAUGAACGCAAAGCUAAGUGCCUUACCAUCUGAUAAAUACUCUGUUACAAAUGUUCCUUUCAAUUUCUAUACCACUUCCGAGAUGUUGCAGCGUAUUCUUGAAAAGCCUUUGGAAAAAAAAGCAGGUAGGAACUAUGGACCCAUUGGAAACAAACGAAUGAUUUACUUUGUGGAUGACAUGAACAUGCCGGAGGUGGACAAAUAUUUUACUGUUCAGCCCCACACAUUAAUAAGGCAAUUUAUGGAUUACCACCACUGGUACGACCGUCAAAAAAUGACAUUACGUGACAUACAUAAAUGUAAUAUUGUAGCGUGUAUGAACCCAUCAGCUGGGUCUUUUACCAUCGACCCCCGUCUUCAGCGGCAUUUUUGCUCAUUUGCAGUAAACCCCCCUAGUCAGGAUGCUUUGUUUCAUAUCCUUAACUCGAUACUUUCCCAACACAUGGACAACCCCAUUCAGAAAUUUGACAAAGCAGUCAUAAAGCUUUGUGAAAAUAUGGUUACAACAGCUAUAACUCUGCAUCUAAAAGUGGUUUCUUCAUUUUUACCCACUGCUAUUAAGUUCCAUUAUAAUUUUAAUUUGAGGGAUAUAGCCAAUAUAUUUACGGGUGUCCUAUAUUCCAACAGCGAGACAUGCCCUAAUUCCAAUCAAAUGAUCCGACUUUGGAUUCACGAAUGUUACCGUGUGUACGGAGACAAGUUAGUAGACUACACCGAUAUCAAUAGCUUUAAGAAAAUAGUGUCUGAUAUAGUCCGCAAAGGUAUAGAAGGCGUCAACGAUGAUGUUGUAUACGCCCAGCCGCUUAUUUAUUGCCACUUUGCAAAAGGUUUGACAGAUAUUAAAUAUAUGCCUAUAUCAGGAUGGGAUCGCCUAAAAAGUCUUUUAGAUGAGGCACAAGAUCGAUAUAAUGAUUAUAUAGGCGCCAUGAAUUUGGUUCUUUUUGACGACGCAAUGUCUCAUGUGUGUCGGAUCAGUCGAAUUCUUGAAUCAUCCAGAGGAUAUGCACUUCUUAUUGGUGUUGGAGGAUCGGGAAAGCAAAGUCUUACUCGACUGGCAUCAUUCAUUUCAUCUUUGGAUGUGUUCCAGAUACAGCUUACAAAGGACUACAGCGUAAGUGACCUUAAAGCAAACAUUGCUACUUUAUACAUGAAAGCUGGCGUGAAAACAAGUGCUUGCUGCUUUCUAAUGACUGACUCAGAGGUAGCUCGAGAGCAGUUCCUAGUCCUUGUAAAUGACCUUCUCGCUUCAGGCGAUAUACAUGAACUCUUUCCAGAUGACGAGGUGGAGAAUAUUGUUAACGCUGUUCGAAAUGAGGUAAAGCAACUGGGAAUUGUAGAUAAUCGCGAAAAUUGUUGGAAGUACUUUAUCGAAAAGGUUCGCAGCCUGCUUAAGGUAGUACUUUGCUUUUCGCCUGUGGGUGCCACUCUUCGUGUACGAUCUCGCAAGUUUCCAGCUUUAGUCAACUGCACCACUAUUGACUGGUUUCACGAGUGGCCGCAGCAAGCAUUGGAGUCAGUCUCGCUUAGGUUCCUUUCGGAAAUCACAGUGUUACCUAAAGAACUGGCUUUACCUGUGUCAAAUUUCAUGGCGUUUGUACACAAAACAGUAAAUGACAUCUCCAAACUUUAUUUAGCCAAUGCGAAGAGGUACAAUUAUACCACUCCAAAAUCCUUCUUAGAACUGAUAGCACUAUAUUCCAAGUUGCUGCACGAAAAAGUAAAAGCCAAUCUGGAUCGUCGCUUACGUUUGGAAAAUGGACUCAUUAAAUUAGCAAGCUGUACAAAAGAGGUGGACGCCCUUCAAGAUGUUCUAAAGGUUCAAGAAGUUGAACUAAAGAUUAAAAAUCAGGAAGCCGAUAACCUUAUUAUAGUUGUUGGAACUGAGAAUGAAAAGGUAUCCAAAGAAAGAGCAUUUGCAUCAAAAGAGGAAAAGAACGUUCGUCAAAUAGAAGAGGAUGUUACUGCUAAGGCCAAACUUUGUGAAGAAGAUUUUCUUAAGGCUCAACCAGCCCUAAUAGCUGCCCAGGAAGCUCUUAAUACAUUAAACAAAAAUAAUCUGACAGAACUUAAAUCUUUCGGGUCACCACCUGACGCUGUGGUAAGUGUUUGUGGAGCAGUAUUGGUGCUAUUCUCCAGCAAGGGAAAAAUUCCGAAGGACCGCAGCUGGAAAGCUUGUCGGGCUUUCAUGGGAAAUGUUGAUAAGUUUCUAGAUAAUCUUAUUAAUUAUGAUAAAAAACAUAUUCAUCCGGAUGUAAUUAAAGCUCUUCAACCUUAUAUUUUGGAUGCUGAGUUUAGUCCGGAAAAAAUAUUAGCGAAGUCAUCAGCAGCCGCUGGACUCUGUUCUUGGGUUAUUAAUAUUAAUCGGUUCUAUGAUGUUUAUCUUGUAGUGGAGCCAAAGGAAAGAGCGCUUUUGGAAUCGGAGAAAGAAGUAAAAGAUGCCCGUGAUAAGUUAACUGCUCUAAACUUAAGGUUAACCGAACUAGAAGAACAACUGAACGCGUUACAAAUGGAGUACGACGAAGCCCUAGCCAAAAAACAAAAGUGCCAGGAUGAGGCUAGCAAAACUGCCUUUACAAUUGAUAUAGCCAAUCGAUUGAUUGGAGGCCUCGCAACAGAAAAAAUACGUUGGAUGGAGUCCGUCAAAGUCUUAACUUUUGGUAUUCAACAACUACCCGGUGACAUUCUCAUUAUUUCGUGCUUCAUUUCCUAUGUUGGGUGCUUUACGCGGGCUUAUCGCCAGGAGUUACAAGAAAAAUUGUGGAUGCCUGCAUUCAAAAAUAGUCAACCACCUAUACCUUCGACGGAUGGAGUUGAUCCUUUUGAGAUGAUUUGUGAUGACGCGCAGAUUGCGGAGUGGAAUAACCAAGGAUUGCCAAGUGAUAGGAUGUCAGCGGAAAAUGCUGCAAUUUUGGUGCAGUCUGAACGAUAUCCCCUUAUGAUUGACCCUCAACUUCAGGGAAUAAAGUGGGUCAAGACUAAGUAUGGAACUGGGUUGGUAGUACUUAGACUUUCGCAACGAAACUAUCUUGAUCAAGUUGAGAGAGCAGUCAGUAAUGGAAGUGUAUUACUUAUUGAAAAUAUAGGUGAAAAUAUUGAUCCAGUCCUAAAUCCUCUCCUAGGACGCCAAUUGAUAAAGAAGGGGACCGUAUUAAAGAUUGGAGAUAGAGAAAUAGAUUUUAAUUCCAGAUUUCGCCUAAUUCUGCAUACGAAAUUAGCAAACCCACAUUACAAACCGGAGAUGCAGGCACAAACAACUCUUAUAAACUUUACCGUAACCCGGGAUGGACUAGAAGAUCAGUUGUUAGCUGAAGUAGUUAAAGUGGAGCGCCCCGAUCUAGAGGCAAUGCGCACACGCUUAACCCAGCAGCAGAAUCACUUCAAAAUUACACUGAAGUUUCUUGAAGACGAUUUGCUUGCUCGCUUAUCUUCUGCUGGAGACAACGUCCUUGAAGAUGUCACUCUGGUAAUGAAUCUAGAAAAGACAAAAAAAACUGCUGACGAAAUAGAAGUCAAAGUUGCAGAGGCAAAAAUAACUGGUGUACAAAUAGAUUCAGCCAGAGAGGCGUACCGUCCUGCCGCCGAACGCGCUUCUAUUAUAUACUUUAUUCUUAACGACCUAUUUAAAAUCAAUCCAAUAUAUCAGUUCUCGUUAAAGGCAUUUACAGUGGUGUUUAACAAUGCCAUGCUAAAAGCAAUGGCUGCUGAAAAGCUAAAAGACCGCGUUGAGAAUCUGAUAGAUUCGAUAACUUUCUGUAGCUUUGUGUACACCUCACGAGGAUUAUUUGAGCAAGAUAAGCUUAUUUUCUUGACACAAUUGUGCAUUCAGAUCCUAGUAAAUCUUGGUGAAGUAGAGCCUACCGAACUUGAUUUUUUACUGCGCUUUCCUUAUAUGCCGAAUCAGACGUCCAAUUUCACAUGGCUAACUCACGUAGGGUGGGGUGGUAUAAGAGCGCUUAACAACCAGGCAGUAUUCAAGGGCCUUGAAAAGGACAUUGAAGGAUCACACAAGCGCUGGAAAAAGUUUGUGGACUCAGAGAGUCCUGAAAAUGAAAAGUUUCCAGGAGAAUGGAAAGGAAAAUCCGCCAUUCAAAGGCUCUGCAUAAUGCGAUGCAUACGCCCGGAUCGAAUGUCAUACGCCAUGCGCUCCUUUAUUGAAGAAAAACUUGGGUCUAAAUAUAUUGAUGCUCGCUCUAUGGAAUUCUCUAGGACUUUCGAGGAAUCUAGUCCAGAGACUCACAUUUUCUUUGUUCUCUCCCCCGGCGUUGAUCCCCUAAAAGAUGUGGAGAAGCUUGGAAAAAGUUUGGGUUUUAGCUUUGAUCACGAAAACUUUCACAGUGUUUCGCUUGGCCAAGGCCAGGAAAUAGUCGCAGAAAACGCCAUUGAAAUUGCAUCCCAAUAUGGGCACUGGGUCAUUCUACAAAAUAUUCACCUGGUCGCGCGCUGGCUACCCAGUCUAGAAAAAAAGAUGGAAUCGUCUCUUAGUAAUGUCCACACAAGCUAUCGGCUCUUUCUCAGCGCUGAACCUGCCGGUGAUCCUGCUGCUCAUAUCUUGCCCCAAGGAAUACUUGAAUCAGCCAUAAAGAUAACAAAUGAACCUCCUACUGGAAUGAUGGCCAACAUCCAUAAGGCCUUAGAUAAUUUUAGCGACGAGACUCUAGAAAUGUGCUCGAAAGAGACUGAAUUUAAAGCUAUUCUUUUUUCUCUUUGCUAUUUUCAUGCCGUGGUAGCCGAGCGUAGGAAAUUCGGACCACAAGGCUGGAACCGUAGCUACCCGUUUAACGUGGGCGAUUUGACAAUAUCAGUCUAUGUGCUGUACAAUUACCUGGAGGCCAAUACCAGAGUACCUUGGGAAGACCUACGAUAUCUUUUCGGAGAGAUUAUGUAUGGAGGUCACAUUACAGACGACUGGGACCGCCGCUUAUGCCGAACUUAUCUGGAGGAAUUUAUGCAGCCAGAGCUAAUUGAUGGGGAGCUAGAGUAUUGCCAGGGUUUUCCGGCUCCAGGAAUACUUAAAUAUACUGGCUACCACAAUUACAUAGAUGAUAACCUUCCGUCUGAAAGUCCAUCUCUAUACGGCCUUCAUUCAAAUGCAGAGAUUGGGUUCCUAACUACGGUUUCUGAACGACUCUUCCGAAUAGUUUUCGAGUUGCAGCCGAGAAUGACAGGUGGGUCUAGUGGUGGUGAGACAGUUUCACAGGAAGACAUUAUAAAAAACAUAAUAGAAGAUAUACUUGACAAAACUCCCACACCAUUUAACAUUUUAGAACUAAUGGGUCGCGUCGAAGACCGAAGUCCAUACAUUAUUGUGGCAUUUCAAGAGUGUGAGCGAAUGAACAAUCUUAUGACUGAAUUGAAGCGCUCUCUGAAUGAGCUUGACCUCGGCCUUAAAGGAGAAUUGACUAUUUCAUCAGUUAUGGAGGAUUUAAUGGUUUGUCUUUACAUGGACCAAGUGCCGGAACAGUGGACCAAGCUAGCCUACCCCAGCAUGCUAGGGCUACAAUCCUGGUUCUCCGAUUUAAUGUUGCGGCUGCGAGAGCUAGAGGGUUGGGUUGCCGACUUUCGCAUGCCUUCAUCAAUUUGGUUGGCAGGAUUCUUUAAUCCUCAGUCGCUCCUCACAGCUAUCAUGCAACAGACGGCGCGCAAGAACGAAUGGCCUCUCGAUAGAAUGUGUCUUAAUUGUGAUGUCACCAAAAAGUGGAAAGAGGAGCUUACAACUGCGCCCCGAGAGGGUGCCUAUAUCAACGGUCUUUUCAUGGAGGGAGCACGAUGGGACAUGAAAAUGGGAACCAUUGCAGACGCCUUUUUAAAGGAACUUUUUCCUGCUAUGCCUGUUCUUUACAUAAAGGCAGUAACCCAAGACAAGCAGGAUAUUAAAAAUGUCUAUGAGUGCCCAGUUUACAAAAUCCGGCUGCGAGGACCCACCUUCGUUUGGACCUUUAACUUGAAAAGCCGAGAGAGAGCAAGUAAGUGGACUCUAGCAGGGGUUUGUCUUCUCUUGCAGACUUGA